AUGAGGACAAUUUACCUGCUGUUUCUGCUGAGCCUGUUUGGUGUCCUCUCCGUGGCAGACAAGAGCCAUUUUGGCGAUGGAGACACAGCAAGAGCUGCCAACGUCCGCAAAUUGUUUUUCACUGAUGCAACUUUCCGGACUAAGACUGGAGAAUGGAGAUACUCUCUCUCAACAUAUUAUCUGGACAGACCAAGUGCAGCUUUUGCUUGCAAAAAGCUGGGAGGACAACUGGCACAAAUCUCAUCCGAGGAUAAGUACAUCUUCAUAACGAACUGGCUAGAAACGUUGUCACCUUACGACCAACAACAGAUUCACGUUGGAGGGUUUCUGGAAAGAAACUUGGUAUGGACCCAGGAUAAUCGCGAAGACAUGACCUUUCUUGUUUGGCAUCAAGACGAGCCUACAGUUCGCCAUGUUGACACCUGGCAAGAGAGUUGUCUUCUAUUGGAGAAAAGAAAUGGGAAGUUCAAGAUGAACGAUGUCGCAUGCAAAGAUCUCAGGAGGCGAUUUCUUUGCGAAGAGCACAAGGCUUUUUAG